ACUCGAGCGAGGAGAACACUAGAGCCGCCGCCGCGACCAUUCGAGUCGAGGCGAGUCCACGCACCCUUCCAAGAGCCCAACGCCCCCCAUCCCCACUGCAGGCAGAUUACAUCGCGGCGAGAGAGCACGAGAUGGCGAUGCGGUCCGCGCUGAGCUCCCUCCCCGCGCGCCUCCGCGUCCCCUCGGCGGCGCCCGGCGCCCGGCGCCUCCUCAGCGACGGCAAGGGCCGCGUGCUCAGCGAGGAGGAGCGCGCCAAGGAGAGCGUCUACAUCCAGAAGAUGGAGAGGGAGCGGCAGGAGAAGCUCAAGAAGAAGCUCGAGCAGGAGAAGGCCGACGCCGACAAGACCAAGCCCGCCGACUCCGACAAGAAGCCAGAGGGAUCUAACUAGAAUUGGCAUGGUGCUGUUUGAAGGCGUGCCUCGGAUGGAUAGCUGUGUUUCUACGUGUCCAUCGAUGAAAGAAAAUAAAAUCCUGUAAAACGUUAACUGCAUCAGUGUUUCCAGAUCAUAUAAUAUCGAUGUUGAACCUUAUGUCACUGUGCUUCAUAUAUGUUUGCUUUCUUCCGGUAAAUUGGUCUUGUGGUGCUUUCUUGCCGUUC